AUGAGUGGCGAUGCUGACCUGCCCCAACGCUCGUCAUCGCCUUUGAAACGACGUGCUUCCAGUAUGGAUCCCGAAAACGAUGCGGAUAGGACCCGCGAUGUCAACAUGGGUACAUCACAAGCCAACGAGUCUGUCGAACGAACCUCACAGCUGGUCCCUGAAUCGCUGCCUCGUGAUAUGAGCGUUGAAGCACCUGAGCCCACGGCAAGCUCGCCCGCUGAGGCUUUCCCUGCGCAGCCAAUUCCUUCGCUCCAAGAACAGAUCAAGAUCAUAGAAACUCUCUUAAAAGCCUAUCAAGAAGCGCAAGUGAAGGAAGGGGACAAGGCCUAUCUCAUCUCCAACACCUGGGUUCAAAAGGCACUGUCAUUACGCGGCGGCCCCAAGGACAGCAAGGAGGAGGAUUCCACAUCGGACCCUCUCGGCCCUGUUGACAACUCGGAUAUCAUUGAAGAAGUCGUUACAGAACCUACCGGCAACGAAUACAUUCGUCUGAAGCAAGGAACUAAUGAGAAUGAAUUCACGCUCUUUCCAGAGGAUGCUUGGAGGAUGGUUGUCGACUGGUACGGUAUCAAGAACGGUCAAGAAGCCAUCAUUCGUGCUGCUAUCAACACUGCUGAACCCGGCGAAGAGCCUGUUGUUCAGUUCGAGUUCCACCCUCCAGUUUUUACUGUUCACCGUUUAUGGUCCGAAAUUAGCCCACUUCCCAUCGAGCAGUCCCUCAAGGCCAAAAACCCUACUCCUUACAAGUUCGUCAGAAGUCGCAAAUACCAUGCACAGACAUUUGUCAAGGAGAUUAAGAUAGCCACCGGCGUACCACUAGACCGCAAAAUUCGCUUAUUCAUGGUACCUCAAGUCCAGCGGGUUGCUGGUCCCUCAGAGCCCUCACGAGCCCUCACGCCUCCGGACUCCCCAGGUCGGACAGACAGCAGGGCUGGCUCUACAGACACAUGGUCGAAACUUCUCCUCGACAAUGGUUCCUUUUCUCAAGUCCGCGACCAAAGGAUCAAAUGUAAGCUGGAAGACAGGACCACUGACCCCAACUUCAACGGCAGGUCGAACUUGACCAUGUUCGAUCUCGUGACAGACCAAACUCUGGUUAUCGAUGAGGCCAUUGACUCCUUCUGGGUCAGCAACUACACUGGCAAAACUCCUCCGAAUGGAUUGGCCAUCCCUACCAGAAGUGGUCUGGCCUCUUCUAAUGCAAGCGGUCGAACCAGUCCCGCUCCCGGUGGCCCAUCAACACGUGGCCGAACGGGAAAGAAGUCGGGUCGGAGCAUCGGCGUUGUUGGUUUGCAGAACCUAGGAAAUACAUGUUAUAUGAACUCUGCGCUUCAGUGCGUACGAAGCGUCGAGGAGUUGACCAAGUACUUCUUGACCAACGAAUAUCUUGAUGAGGUCAAUAAGACUAACCUCCUGGGAUAUAACGGGAAAGUUGCAAUAACCUACGGGAACCUUCUGAAGGAGAUAUAUACGGAGGGCAGAGGCUCCGUGACUCCUCGAGAUUUCAAGAAUACGAUCGGCCGUUGCCGGUCGACUUUCUCUGGAUAUGGUCAACAGGACUCGCAGGAAUUCCUUGGAUUUCUCUUGGAUGCUCUUCAGGAAGACCUGAGCCGAGUGAAAAAGAAACCUUACAUCGAGAAGCCUGACUCCACUGACGACAUGAUUAACAAUCCGGAAGCUAUAAAGGAAAUGGCAGACAAGGUCUGGGACAUAACGCGCCUCCGGGACGACUCAGUCAUUGCCGACCUCUUCACAGGUUUGUAUAAAUCAACACUCAAAUGUCCUGAGUGUGGCAAGAUCAGCAUCACGUUCGAUCCUUUCAACAAUCUGACCCUUCCUAUUCCUGUCGACGACGUUUGGACGGCUAAAAUCAAAUUCUUGCCCCUCAACGAUGUGCCGGUCAUGUUUGAGGUCGAACUGCCCAAGCACAGCGCUAUUGAACAGCUCAAACAGUUCCUCUCCGCCCGGACGGGUGUACCUGUGGAGCGAUUGAUAGGAGGAGAAGAGUACAAGGAUCGCUUCAAGAUUUACGACAACAACCUAGAUGUUAGUGAAGAAAUCGCGAAAAAUGAUCUUGCGACCUUCCACGAGUUGGAUGCUGCCCCAACCAACUGGCCACACAAAGCGAACAAGCCACGCUCCAUGCUGGAUAUCGACACUCCUCUCGAAGCUCCCUGGGAUGACCCGCGCUAUGAAAGGAUAGUGGUACCCGUAUUUCACCGUAUCCCGUCAAACUAUGGUCGUGCUCGGGAUGGUGUGGCUCCCCCAAGCUUCAUCUGCUUCACCAAGGAAGAAGCUUCCGACAUCGACCUCAUUCGACGCAAGAUCCUGGAGAAGAUCUCGAACUUCUCAACUUGGUCCAAACUCAGGAACGGCCCGGAGGAGAACUCUGAUAUCGCUGAUGGAGAGGUGGUUGCUUCGGAUGCUGACUCGUCUGGCGAUAGUAAAGUUGUCGCUAACUCGGUUGAAGGUGAGGAUGACAUGGUCGAUGUGCACAUGAAGGACACCAGCGAGGUUCUCCCCCAUCAACCACAGAUUCUAAAACGAUUCAACAAGAGCAGGCCCAGGUUUAUCGACCCAGAUAGCUUCCUUGAACCUGAACUGCAAAACCUUUUCGACCUUUGCUACUUCACAGACAAAGCCUAUUCUGGCGAUGUGCCAACGGGCUGGUCUAACGUCGAUCACCACCAAUUACUCCCUAAGUUAUCGGAUCGUAUCCCUCAACAGUCACCUGAUGAUGAUGAUACGGCCAGUCGUGACGACGAAAGCAGCACGCCUUCUAAUGAAGAUGUCAGCAGCAAUGACGAGAGUAUCAAGGCAGAGACAACACAAACUAGAAUGGUGGAAGAGUCCAGUGAGGAAGAAGCUCCAGAAGCUCCAGAAGCUCCACGAAAAUUCAAUGGACGUCCCUCAAAGGUAAAAGGACGCAAGCUCAAGGGCCAGAAAUUCAACAAGCAAGCCAACAAGCGCCGAGAACGUAUACAGAACAAGAAACACAAGGCAGCUUCUGUCAAGCCCCAGCCUCAACCUCCUGCUGUUGCUGAUGGUGGACCUCUGAUUCGCCUGCGAGAAGGCAUUGUGGUAGACUGGCACGAGGAAGCUUGGGGAUAA